AUGAAUACUAAGAAUUACGUUCUAGUUACAGGAGGUGCUGGUUACAUUGGAUCACAUACAGUGGCCGAGCUCGUUGCUAAUGGAUAUGAAUGCGUUAUCGUGGAUAAUUUGAGUAACUCAUCCUAUGAAUCUGUCGCCAGGUUACAGGUACUAACGCAGCAUCAGAUCCCGUUCCAUAAGGUGGAUCUGGUGAAUUACAAUGAUCUGGAUCGUGUCUUUUCAAUGUAUGACAUUGACUCUGUUAUUCACUUUGCGGGGUUGAAGGCCGUUGGCGAAUCAACACAAAUUCCUCUUAAGUAUUACCACAAUAAUAUUUUGGGGACGUUGGUUUUGCUGGAGGUUAUGCAAGCACACGGAGUUCAUAAGCUUGUCUUUUCGUCAUCAGCAACUGUAUACGGUGAUGCCACCAGAUUCCCUAAUAUGAUUCCAAUUCCAGAGGAAUGCCCAACGGGACCAAUUAAUCCUUACGGUAGAACCAAAUUAGCUAUUGAAGAAAUUUUGAAGGAUUUACACGAUAGCGAUAAAAAAACUUGGAACUUUGCAAUUCUACGGUAUUUCAACCCAAUCGGGGCUCACCCAUCUGGAUUAAUUGGUGAGGAUCCUUUGGGCAUUCCAAAUAAUCUUCUUCCAUAUAUGGCGCAGGUGGCAGUGAAGAGACGGGAAAAGCUUUUUGUUUUUGGUGACGACUACGAUUCCCGUGAUGGUACGCCGAUCAGAGAUUACAUUCACGUUGUUGACUUAGCAAAGGGACAUAUUGCAGCUCUGAAAUAUCUUGAUGAACAUUCCCAAGAGGGUCUUUGCCGCGAAUGGAACCUUGGAUCCGGUCAUGGGUCUACUGUGAUGGAAGUUUACGAUUCAUUCUGUAAGGCAGUUGGUAAGAAGAUCCCUUUCGAAGUUGUCGGUCGAAGAGCUGGUGAUGUGCUGAAUUUGACAGCAAAACCAGAUAGAGCUGCAUUGGAACUAAAAUGGAAAACGCAACUCGACGUUGACAUUGCCUGCCGUGAUUUAUGGAGAUGGACUGUCGGGAAUCCGUUUGGUUAUGAGAUGAGAGGUGUCAGGAGUACAUUUUUUAACAAUGAUGGAGAAUAUGAUUCGAGGUUGAUUACUGUUGGCAAAGGUUCUGCCUUUGAAGUGUCAUUCACCAAUGUAGGUGCGACGAUAGUUGAUAUAGAAGUCUGUGGUCAACCUGUGGUUCUGGGAUUUGAGAAAGAAAGCGAGUAUCUAAGAGACGAUAAUCCUUAUAUUGGCGCGACUAUCGGAAGGUAUGCAAACCGCAUUAAAAAUGGCGAGUUCAAAUUGGACGGUGAAGUUUUCCAACUUACCAAAAAUGAUGGUUCAAACACUAAUCAUAGUGCGGUCCAGUCGUAUCAUAAGCGCAAGUUUCUAGGUCCUUUGGUUCGCAACGUGGAUAAGGGUAUUUACACUGUCCAAUUUCUGCUAGAUGAUUCCCAUACUGAAUUUCCCGGAGAUGUGUUGAUUAAAGUUAACUACGAAGUUAAUAUUCCUAAAAAAGAAUUAUUAAUUGAAUACGAGGGUAUUCUUCUAAAUGGCAAUUCAACAAUCAUGAAUUUAACGAAUCACUCAUAUUUCAAUCUUGGCGCUUUCCAUAGCGAAAGCAUCGAAGGAACAGAAAUUCAAAUUCACGCAAGUAAACAGGUGGAACUUACCAGCUCAUCUUGUGCGACGGGCAAGCUAAUUGAUAUUCCUCAACGGUUCAGAGAGAAAAUCACUUUGGGACCAGAAGAUCCUAAGCUUGACUAUUGCUUUGUGUCGAGAAAUGAGAUAGCGAUCGACACAAGGAAAAACGAUUUGAAGACCAUGUUGACUGCAGUUAACUCAGAAUCAGGUUUGAAAUUAGUUGUUACUGGGACAGAUCCUUCAUUUCAAGUUUACACGGGAGAUUUCAUCCAUAAUCAGAAAUAUGGUCCUAGAGCUGGCUUCUGCUGUGAACCUGGUCGUUUCAUAGAUGCCGUAAAUCACACACACUGGAGAAAUGCAGUCAUUCUCACGAAAGAUCAAUCGUAUGGCUCCAAGAUCUGCUACAAAUUUGAAUUUUAA